AUGUCAUUCGUCCCCGGUGUGGCGAAUGGCGAGGAGUACCUGUUGGAUCAGACUGAUGUGUUGGUGGUUGGUGUCCUGGGCCUCCAGGGGACGGGCAAGUCCAUGGUCAUGUCGUUGUUGUCAGCCAACACUCCAGAGGAGGACCAGAGGGCAUAUGUGUUCCGGGCCCAGAGUGCUGAAAUGAAGGAACGAGGGGGCAACCAGACCAGCGGCAUCGACUUCUUCAUUACGCAGGAGCGGAUUGUAUUCCUGGACACGCAGCCCAUCCUGAGCCCCUCCAUCUUGGACCAUCUCAUCAACAACGACCGCAAACUGCCCCCAGAGUACAACCUUCCUCACACCUACGUUGAGAUGCAGUCCCUACAGAUCGCUGCCUUCCUCUUCACCGUGUGCCACGUGGUAAUCGUUGUCCAGGACUGGUUCACCGACCUCAGUCUGUACAGGUUCCUCCAGACAGCAGAGAUGGUGAAGCCCUCCACCCCAUCCCCCAGCCACGAGUGCAGCAGUUCAUCAGGCUCUGACGAAGGCACCGAGUACUACCCCCACCUGGUCUUUCUGCAGAACAAAGCUCGCCGUGAGGACUUCUGUCCCCGAAAGCUGCGGCAGAUGCAUCUGAUGAUCGACCAGCUCAUGGCUCACUCCCACCUGCGAUACAAGGGUACCCUGUCCAUGUUACAGUGCAACGUCUUCCCGGGGCUCCCGCCUGACUACCUGGACUCUGAAGUCAACUUGUUCCUCGUGCCUUUUAUGGACAGCGAAGCAGAGAGUGAAAACCCACCGAGAGCAGGACCUGGCUCCAGCCCCCUCUUCUCCCUGCUGCCUGGGUACCGCGGCCACCCCAGCUUCCAGUCCCUGGUGAGCAAGCUCCGUAGCCAGGUGCUGUCCAUGGCCCGGCCACAGCUUUCACACACGAUCCUCACUGAGAAGAACUGGUUCCAUUACGCUGCCCGGAUCUGGGAUGGGGUGAGGAAGUCCUCUGCGCUGGCAGAGUACAGCCGCCUGCUGGCCUGA